GUGUGUGAUAUAAAAAAGUAGAGUAGGCCUACGCAGUGAACGCUCGUUAAUGCGAGGCGGCUUCUACCCUCGACCCGGUGAGCAGUGUCGCAAGCCGUGGCAAAGGUCUUGAGGUCCGGACCCACAUCGAGUGCGGAGGUAGGUGUGUCAUCACUCGCUCGGGACUCGCAGUACGAUGAGGUGCGCUCUACUCGCGGUUCUGCUCGCCCAACAGGCGUUCUGCAGAGUCUUCGAGAGGUGCGAACUGGUCCGAGAACUCUCGCAGAAGAAGCACCGAAUCCCCGAGGCCGACCUCGCCACUUGGGUCUGCAUAGCGAGGUACGAGUCCGAGUACAACACCUCGGCCGUGGGUCAUCUCAACGGCGACGGUUCCGGAGACCACGGACUGCUCCAGAUCAGCGACCUCUACUGGUGCUCGCCACCGGGGGUCGGGAUGGCCUGCGGACUCAACUGUGACCAGCUGGAGGACGACGACAUCACCGACGAUGUGGUCUGCGCCAGGAGAAUCUACCGAGCGCAUAAGCGUCGCACCGGGGACGGCUUUACGGCUUGGGCAGUGUACGGCCGUCAUUGCAGAGGUGACGUCAGCCACUUCCUGGAAGGCUGUGAGGACUCCGAGGAUGAGAACGAAAUUAGCGAAAAGGACGUUAAGGUCACUCCUGACGUGGAGAGGGAUAUCGCUCCGACCACCUUCACUGAUGGAAGAUCAACAUCUACUCCUGGUGAAAGAAUCUUACGGGUUUUCUCCAAUUACCCGACCACGAACUCUGUAGAGCGACAAAAGUUCUACUCGACAAGUACCCAGCCUAAGGUCUUCGCGACCAGUUCUCUGCAGGGGCGACCUACAUUCUCCGACCUCGACACGACCGCCGACCCAGACCCCAAGACUGCUUGGCUCAAGGUACACUAUGAUCCAAGAUUUCUUGACGAAUUCCCUUGACGCUUUCUUAUGCACUAGCUACUGAACUUUGUAAAUAAUUAUAAUAAGAAAUAAAUUUGGGUUCUUAAUAUUCA